CUCCCUCUCUCUCUCUCUCUCUCUCACAACGCAGUCACUGCUCAUCGGCAUCGCCAUGUCUCAGGUGGAUAACAGGAAUUCUUCAGCUACCAAGCGUGCUAGGACUGAUGGUAGUCGUAGAGAGGAUGAUUGGACUUGCCCCAGCUGCGGCAAUGUCAAUUUCUCUUUCAGGACAACUUGUAACAUGCGUAACUGUACUCAACCGAGGCCUGCUGAUCAUAAUUCGAAAUCUGCUGCCAAACCUCUACAAGCUCCACAAGGUUACUCAUCCUCAGCUCCUUAUUUAGGAUCCAAUACUCCCUCCUCAAUAUAUCUUGGAGUCCCACCAUAUGGAUCUUCUCUAUUCAAUGGGUCAUCUAUUCCUCCCUAUGAUGUUCCAUUUUCUGGAGGAUCAGCUUAUCACUACAAUUAUGCAAGUCGCCUUUCUGCUGGCAGUCCUUAUCGGCCAUUGCAUUUAUCUGGGCCAACACCCUACUCAAGCGGAUCCAUGAUGGGAAAUGGUGGAAUAUAUGGCAUGCCACCACUCUUAGACCGAUAUGGACUGGGUAUGCCUAUUGGACCUGGAGCAAUGGGUCCUAGGCCGGGAUUUUUUCCUGAGGACAAGGCUCCAAAAAAGGGUGCAGAUGCAACUCGUGACAACGAUUGGACAUGUCCAAAAUGUGGCAAUGUCAACUUCUCAUUUAGACCUGUAUGCAACAUGAGAAAGUGCAAUACACCGAAGCCUGGAUCCCAGCCCUCGAAGUCAGACAAAAAUUCAAAGCAAAAGAUGCCUGAAGGGAGCUGGAAGUGUGACAAGUGUAACAACAUAAACUAUCCAUUCAGAACCAAGUGCAACAGACAGAAUUGUGGUGCUGACAAGCCAGCUGAAGCAGAGAAAUCAACCUCACCAGCUCCAGAUCAAAACGAUCAGUGAGUUCUAGGACAUAUUUGAGGGUUGAGAAGGUCCAGAGUUGUCAUCAAGCUUUGCCCAAUUUCGGUGUCUGACAGUCAGUCUUGUCGUCCUCUAUUUGAAGCAGUUGUCAAUUCACAUUCACCUUCUCAUUAUGUGUGUCAAGUUGUUGUAUUAACUGAGAUGGUAUUUUGGUCUUGGAUUGUUGUGAUGCAUGUGUCAGCCAGCUUUCCUGGCAAGAUUUUAAAAGUCGGUUCUGGAAUUUCACAGAUAGGUUUCCUAUACUCUUCAGAAUCAACUCGUUAUUCUAGUGGUAAUGUUCCCAUAUGCAUUUAGGUAAGUUACCAGUGGCAGAAAGGUUAUUGCAGCUUCCUCCCAGUUCUAAGUUUUCAUUUGGUUCUGGUUGUCUGUUUUAAGUUUAUCGUUAGAUGAAUAGAUGCGUCAAAAGCAUGUGAAAUUUGGAAGUUUAGAUUAUUUAGCUGUAAAAGCGUCUGCUCGUUAUCCUACCUUCACUAUUAGGUGCAUCAGCAUUUCUAAAUCCUUUUUUGUGUCAUCACAUGUAGCACUUAAUUGAUGUUUAGGAGUAGAUUAAUUUUGGUUGAUGGCAGAAUUUUAAUAGGGUUAUUUAACACGUAGCACCUCUUGCUAUAACACGUACAAGGUAAGAUCAUCACUUGGAAUGUUGAUCACUACAUGAGGUUUAUGAUAUAUCACACAUUUUCCUGGUUUCCUGCAUAUUCUAUGUGGUCACAUGAGUGGAUGAUUUCGAAGAAAGUUAUAGAAAUUUUCUAUGUCAAGAUGGGGUAGUUGUCGACAGUCCAAGUCAAUUACCAACUUAGCAGCAAGUUCACUGCUCUACGAUCUACACGUUGUUUGACUUUGUCUAAACGGAAUAGGAGGGAGAAAUAAACUAGGUAACCUUUCAUUGUAUUUAGGAGCCAUCCAUUGCGUGAAGAACAUUGUUUUGUUUGUGAACAAUGAACCAUGGUUGAGAAUACUGAAUGGAAGGGAAAUCGAACCAUUCAUGUC